GGAGCGCGGGGCGCGCGCCGAAGAGGACCGGGCGGCGAGAACGGGGACGAGGAGGAGCCGAAGAAGGCGAGGAGGAAUAACGCGCCGAGGCCGAGGAGGCUCAGUGGCGUGGCGACGCGCUCAGGCUGCAAGGGCUAGCUGCUGCGGCGCUCACCGACUGGCCGCGGUGAACCUGCCGCGGCCCAGUGCGCACAGGGGCGGGGAGACGGGUCGAGCGCAUCUAGGGAAGAAGGGCUGGCGCGGGGGCUUCCGGGCGGAGGGUACUGAUUAUACAUUAUUAACGAGUUGCCUCCUAAUAAGCCUAAAGCGGCUCGUCAGCGGCGCGAGUUGCGCGUGGGGAGGAGGUCUCGGGCCAGAGCGCAGCGCACAAGCGUGUCGCACGGCGGGCGGCGCCGCGCGGAGCCGAGGGCACCCGGGCCCGCGCACAGAGCCAAGGCGGGCCCGGGGGCGGUGCAGACCCUGGGCGCAGGCGGCCCGCGGCGCCCCUGGACUUUCCGUGCUCAGGGGCAGCGCGGUUCCUGGCGAGCGGCGGGUGGAGUAGAGGGAGCUGCCCCCGCGCUCCAUCCCCCUCCCCCCCGGGCGGGCGGGCCGGUGGCCGGGGGGAGGGCGGACGGCGCGGUUGGCUGUAUAUAUCUUCGCGCACCCCGCCAGGUCGCGCACAGCGCCCCGAGCCCAGGCGCCUCCCCGCCCCCUCCCCGCGCUCCGCGGCGGCGGCGGCAGCAGGAGCAGCAAUAUGGCUGUGGAUGGGUGCUCGGGGCGGCGCUGGCGGCGGGAGGAGCUCCCCCGAGCCCCUGCGCUGGCUGUCCGUUGCUAGCUAUGGCAAAUGGUGGCGGCGGCGGCGGUGGCAGCACCAGCGGCGGCGGCGGAGGCGGAGGCAGCAGUCUUAGAAUGAGUAGCAAUAUCCACGCGAACCAUCUCAGCCUAGACGCGUCCUCCUCCUCCUCUUCCUCCUCCUCUUCAUCCUCCUCCUCUUCCUCCUCGUCCUCGGUCCACGAGCCCAAGAUGGAUGCGCUCAUCAUCCCGGUGACCAUGGAGGUGCCGUGCGACAGCCGGGGCCAACGCAUGUGGUGGGCUUUCCUGGCCUCCUCCAUGGUGACUUUCUUCGGGGGCCUCUUCAUCAUCCUGCUCUGGCGGACGCUCAAGUACCUGUGGACCGUUUGCUGCCACUGCGGGGGCAAGACGAAGGAGGCCCAGAAGAUUAACAAUGGCUCAAGCCAGGCUGAUGGCACUCUCAAGCCAGUGGACGAAAAAGAGGAGGCAGUGGCAGCUGAGGUCGGCUGGAUGACCUCUGUGAAGGACUGGGCGGGGGUGAUGAUAUCUGCCCAGACACUGACCGGCAGAGUCCUGGUUGUCUUAGUCUUUGCUCUCAGCAUUGGUGCACUUGUAAUAUACUUCAUAGAUUCGUCAAACCCAAUAGAAUCCUGCCAGAAUUUCUACAAAGAUUUCACAUUACAGAUCGACAUGGCUUUCAACGUGUUCUUCCUCCUCUACUUUGGCUUGCGGUUUAUUGCAGCCAACGAUAAGCUGUGGUUCUGGCUGGAAGUGAACUCUGUAGUAGAUUUCUUCACGGUCCCCCCAGUGUUUGUGUCUGUGUACUUAAACAGAAGUUGGCUUGGUUUGAGAUUUUUAAGAGCUCUCAGACUGAUCCAGUUUUCAGAGAUUUUGCAGUUUCUGAAUAUCCUUAAAACAAGUAAUUCCAUCAAGCUGGUGAAUCUGCUCUCCAUAUUUAUCAGCACAUGGCUGACAGCAGCCGGGUUCAUCCACUUGGUGGAGAAUUCAGGGGACCCGUGGGAAAAUUUCCAAAACAACCAGGCUCUUACAUACUGGGAAUGUGUGUAUUUACUCAUGGUUACCAUGUCCACGGUUGGCUAUGGGGAUGUUUAUGCAAAAACCACACUUGGACGCCUCUUCAUGGUCUUCUUCAUCCUCGGGGGACUGGCCAUGUUUGCCAGCUACGUCCCUGAAAUCAUAGAGUUAAUAGGAAACCGCAAGAAAUACGGGGGCUCCUAUAGUGCGGUUAGUGGAAGAAAGCACAUUGUGGUCUGUGGACACAUCACUCUGGAGAGUGUUUCCAAUUUCCUGAAGGACUUUUUGCACAAGGACCGGGACGAUGUCAACGUGGAGAUCGUCUUUCUUCACAACAUUUCUCCUAAUCUGGAGCUCGAAGCUCUAUUCAAACGACAUUUUACUCAGGUGGAAUUUUAUCAGGGUUCAGUCCUCAAUCCACAUGAUCUUGCAAGAGUCAAGAUAGAGUCAGCAGAUGCGUGCCUCAUCCUUGCCAAUAAAUACUGCGCUGACCCUGAUGCUGAAGAUGCCUCCAACAUCAUGAGAGUAAUCUCCAUAAAGAACUACCAUCCGAAGAUAAGAAUCAUCACUCAAAUGCUGCAGUAUCACAAUAAGGCCCAUCUGCUAAACAUCCCAAGCUGGAAUUGGAAAGAGGGUGAUGAUGCAAUCUGCCUCGCAGAGCUGAAGCUGGGGUUCAUAGCCCAGAGCUGCCUGGCCCAGGGCCUCUCCACCAUGCUCGCCAACCUCUUCUCCAUGAGGUCAUUCAUAAAGAUUGAGGAAGACACAUGGCAGAAAUACUACUUGGAAGGAGUCUCAAAUGAAAUGUACACAGAAUAUCUCUCCAGUGCCUUCGUGGGUCUGUCUUUCCCUACUGUUUGUGAGCUAUGUUUUGUGAAGCUCAAGCUCCUAAUGAUAGCCAUUGAGUACAAGUCUGCCAACCGAGAGAGCCGAAGCCGAAAGCGUAUAUUAAUUAAUCCUGGAAACCAUCUUAAGAUCCAAGAAGGUACUUUAGGAUUUUUCAUCGCAAGUGAUGCCAAAGAAGUUAAAAGGGCAUUUUUUUACUGCAAGGCCUGUCACGAUGACAUCACAGAUCCCAAGAGAAUAAAAAAAUGCGGCUGCAAACGGCUCAAGGUUGAAGCUAGAUCACGCUAUUCCAAAGACCCAUUUGAGUUCAAGAAUGCAACUCACAAUUCUCGGCUUGUGACCAAGCCAGUUGAAGAUGAGCAGCCCUCAACGCUGUCACCAAAAAAAAAGCAACGGAAUGGAGGCAUGCGGAACUCCCCCAGCUCCUCACCCAAGCUGAUGAGGCAUGACCCCUUGUUAAUUCCUGGCAAUGAUCAGAUUGACAACAUGGACUCCAACGUGAAGAAAUACGACUCUACUGGGAUGUUUCACUGGUGUGCACCCAAGGAAAUAGAGAAAGUCAUCCUGACACGAAGUGAAGCAGCCAUGACCGUCCUGAGUGGCCACGUAGUGGUCUGCAUCUUUGGCGAUGUCAGCUCAGCCCUGAUUGGCCUCCGGAACCUGGUGAUGCCACUCCGUGCCAGCAACUUUCAUUACCAUGAGCUCAAGCACAUCGUGUUUGUGGGCUCCAUUGAGUACCUCAAGCGGGAAUGGGAGACUCUUCAUAACUUCCCCAAAGUGUCCAUAUUGCCUGGUACGCCAUUAAGUCGGGCUGAUUUAAGGGCCGUCAACAUCAACCUCUGUGACAUGUGCGUUAUCCUGUCAGCCAAUCAGAAUAAUAUUGAUGAUACUUCGCUGCAGGACAAGGAAUGCAUCUUGGCGUCACUCAACAUCAAAUCUAUGCAGUUUGAUGACAGCAUCGGGGUCUUGCAGGCCAAUUCCCAAGGGUUCACGCCUCCAGGAAUGGAUAGAUCCUCUCCAGAUAACAGCCCAGUGCAUGGGAUGUUACGUCAGCCAUCCAUCACGACUGGGGUCAACAUCCCCAUCAUUACUGAAUUAGCUAAGCCUGGCAAGUUGCCUUUGGUAUCAGUCAAUCAGGAAAAAAACAGUGGGACGCACAUUCUAAUGAUAACUGAACUGGUGAACGAUACUAAUGUUCAGUUUUUGGACCAAGACGAUGACGAUGACCCUGACACAGAACUGUACCUCACGCAGCCAUUUGCAUGUGGGACAGCAUUUGCCGUCAGCGUCCUGGACUCACUCAUGAGUGCGACAUACUUCAAUGACAAUAUCCUUACCCUGAUACGGACCCUGGUGACCGGAGGAGCCACACCGGAGCUCGAGGCUCUGAUUGCUGAGGAGAAUGCUCUUCGAGGGGGUUAUAGCACCCCCCAGACGCUGGCCAAUAGGGACCGCUGCCGCGUGGCCCAGUUAGCAUUGCUGGAUGGGCCCUUUGCAGACUUGGGGGAUGGUGGUUGUUAUGGUGAUCUGUUCUGCAAAGCUCUGAAAACAUAUAAUAUGCUUUGUUUUGGAAUUUACCGACUGAGAGAUGCUCACCUCAGCGCCCCCAGCCAGUGCACGAAGAGGUAUGUCAUCACCAACCCCCCAUACGAGUUCGAGCUCGUGCCGACGGACCUGAUCUUCUGCUUAAUGCAGUUUGACCACAACGCCGGCCAGUCCCGGGCCAGCCUCUCCCAUUCCUCCCACUCAUCCCAGUCCUCCAGCAAGAAGAGCUCCUCUGUUCACUCCAUCCCAUCCACAGCAAACCGUCCGAACCGGCCCAAGUCCCGGGAGUCCCGAGACAAACAGAAUGCAACAAGGAUGAAUAGAAUGGGCCAAGCAGAAAAGAAAUGGUUUACAGAUGAACCGGAUAAUGCCUAUCCGAGAAACAUUCAAAUCAAGCCCAUGAGUACCCACAUGGCUAACCAGAUCAACCAAUAUAAAUCCACAAGCAGCUUGAUUCCACCAAUCAGAGAAGUUGAAGAUGAAUGUUGACUCCCAGGUGACCAGAACUAUUUUUUUAAAGCCUGACAAACUUCAUAAAUGGUGAUGUGACUUUUCUUCCUCUUACAUACUGAAUCACUGGUGGAAACAUUAGGCUAAGCGAGGUUGGCAAGAAAAUAAAGUAGACAGAUCUUUCUCUUUGUCUGCCUGAAUAUUGCUUCCAUGUAUUUUGGAAAAGAAAAUGAUUUCACUUAUAAAUGAACAUACUUAAAUAGUCAUGUAUAGCCUCUAGCAUUUUAAAUUAUUUUUAUUUAUUAGAAAGAAAAUAUAUUUUUCCUUUGUUUUCACUGUCAAAUAUCUUCCUUAUAUCUAAACAAUGCAAAAUCAAAAUGAAUAUGUGGCCAGACUCCUUAAUAUGUAUUUCUCUUCUUUGUCUUUUUCUUUGAGGAGAAUGAUGGUCACCACCACAAUUAAUUGUAAUGAAAGGAAAUGGGUUAUCAGAAAAAAAUUUUAAAUGGUUCAAAGAUGUAAAUGUAUUUUAGUACAUUCAAAAAAAGAAGACAAAAGGGUGCAGGUGAAUUUCCUGGAUGGGUCUGUAUUUUGGCUGCACUGACACCAGCUCUUAAUAAAUGGAAACAUUUAUUUUCACAGUUGAAAGUCAUAUUUUUGUAGUUUUAGUUUUCAUUCUGUAUUUCUUAUCCCUUUGUUCAUAUACUUAAAGGGGAGACCUUCUUGCAGCUUUUCUACAAUUGCCAGAUCAGGUUUACUCAGCCAACUAACAAUACCAGGAGAGUUGUGAGCACGCCUGGGAAUGUGGAAAGUGAGGACCAGAUGCACAGGAGACAUUGCUCUGUCUAUUGUUCUAGUGGUGGGAACUCCCACAUGUUGUUGUGCUUCUCAUUCCAUAUCUCCGAACUUCCCAUGCAAGUAUUUCAACUAUGAAAGGGUCUGGUGGGCUUUCCCCACUCCCCAAGUCUCAGAGAUUUUAGCCUGAAAGUUUAUAAUAAACAUUAAUGAACAGUUGUACUUCACAGUAGGAUGUGAUAAAACACUUAUUCUUUUCAUUGAAUUUUGUUUAAAAACCAAAAAUUUUCUAUAAUCAAGGACACAACUUUUGCCCAGAUUUUAGCUUUUCAGGCUUUCCUUCUGUCCCUGGGACAAACAAAACCCACAAACUUGCUACAACAAUAUAAAAAAUAAUAACAAAAGGAAAGCAACAAAUACACUUAAAAUAAACUGUUAGAAAAGGCCUUGGAAAAUUACCAGAAGUGAAAUCCAAUGUAUCAGCCACUUCAAUCUAUGGUCAAAAGAUUUGUUUAGCCAUCAGACACAAUUACCAUGUCUCACAGCUCUGCUGCCACUUGCAUGCUCAGUGUACAGUCGUCCCAGCAACUGUUAAGUUCCAAAUGAGUUAGCAAGUCUUCUAACUUCAAAAUUAUCAACCUUUGAUACAAUGAUCAGGGUCUCUGGAGAAGCAUGGAUGUGACAGUGAUUUUUAUUUUCUUAAAAAUGUGAACGGUGGACACUUGAAAAAACCAAACUUACCAAAAUAUCCCCAAAAGUCCCAUAAUAUCUAUUCCAUUAAUUCUUUAGGCUAUGACCCUGUGGUACCUAGUGUGUUAGCACACAUCAGAUCAGAGGCAAGCAAUGGAGUCACCAUGAAAACACGUGUCCACUAAGUGCUCCAGUUACAGCAUAGACGAAAUGCGCUUCCACUUCCGUCCCUGUGGAGCCAGCAUCGUUGUGCUUCCACCGUGUAGGCACCAUCCUGAAGUGACUUGUCAGACUGUGUCGUCACAUUUUGUAGAAUUAGUUCUAUAAAAGCAUUGUGAUUAUAAUGUAUGUCCAAUUGGAUUGUUUAAAAACUACUUAUAACCAAUUGCUAGCCUACUCAGCAGACUAAAAUGACGUAAGCAGUUUAUAUUCAGGCUUAUAAACAUUUCCUGGUUUCCAACAGAAGUAAUGUUGGUUUGUGGGGUGAAUCUCUUGCUAGGAUUUUACACCUUUCCUGAAAGCCAGGCUUUCUUUCACACGAUGAUUUUGCACUGGGGUCACCUUAACACAUUCACAUCAAUCCACACUCUUCUUUCCUUCAUGAACUCUGAGGGACUCUUCUUCACCCUUGUUCCUACAACCACUUCUGAAUUUGUCCUAACUAUUCGGUCUCCUCUGGCAGGUGAUGGUGGCCACCUAAAUAAUCUUAGAGGGACUUAAGCCACAGAGUCCCAUGCCUGCUCCCCUCUCUCCCCCUCUCUCCACACCAAGCCAGUCUGGAAACAGAUAUAUAUGUAAACUCCAGGCCCAUCAAUGUUAGAGAUUUGAAUCUGAACUUUCAAAAAAAUAUGACUGAGAUGGUUCUCUACAAUAAAGGUAUCCCCCCAACCCCCCCCCAAAAAAACUAAUAAGUGGGAAUCUGUUUUCUUCUAAGUUGGAGCAGGAAGCUCAUGCUCUUUUACCUUUGUAAUAAUGGAUUGUUCUGGGCCAAAAAAUAAAAUCAGGCAUGCUUUUAAAGAAUUGUGAAAAAAUGAUUGGUUGGUGGCUCCUUUGGUGAAAGCUGCUUGCUGGUAGGUUGAAAGUAAAAUGAAAAGAGAAACAAGGUUGUGCAAUCACUGAGGGGCUCAUCAGAAUGCCAGAGCUUCCUGGUUUGUUUCUGUUUGUUGAGGUCUCUGGCCCUGAGGAAGUGCUCACCCUACCCCACCACAACAAACUCAUCAUUCUGGAUAAACUCAGUAUAGACCAGUGAUGGCCAUCUUUGGUACAGUGUUACAAGGCCCUGCUCUCCUAUCCUAGUUUGGGGUUCAGAAAAGCCUUUUUCCCAAACUAAAUUUUCUUGGGUGCAUUGAGCAUCAAAGGCUCACCAAAAGGCUAUUUAAAAAACAGAAAGCACCUACUUAUAAAGGCAUCAUCACUGUCACUGUCUUUUUAUAUUUUUACUUUCAUUGGAGAAAUUUUAUAUUUUAAAACAUCACCUUGAACCAAUAUAAAACACCAUAAACAAAAGUGAUUGUAAGACAUGUUGGGGAACACCCAGGAACUCUUUUCCUUCAUAGGUUUUGUACAAAAUGUAGUUGAAGGCUUUAAAUAAAGUAAGAAUUAAAUCUGUUUGUUUAGAAUUGGAAAGGGGGGAAAUGAAAAUACUUAAGAAACUUGGGGAUAUUUUCAUGUGAAAAGGUGAGAGUCCCACUAAUGGUUUCAUUGAAGGUUCUAGAACUACUACAUCUGUAAAUAACUAGCUAUACAUUUUGAAAAUGUCCUUUAAACUCUCUGAGUCCCUGUGACCUUUGUAAAUGAGAGGGAUUCAUCUAGAUGAUUCUAAGAUCUCUUUAAGAUCAGAGAGGGCAUGGUCUAAGUUAGAGUGGGAGCCUGGGAACCCACCCUUGGAGACAAUCUUGUCCUGUGCUAGACCGAUGGUCCUCCUAGCUGUUCCACUCAGGCAGUACUGCAAAGGGCCAUGUGCAUUUUAUGCUCUGGACACAAAGCAGUUAGUUUCAUUUUUCUGCUUUACAGUUUGGAAUCUUUUAGGUUCAAAACACAAAUUUCAAAAUUCAUAUUCUCCUGAACCACAUUGAUUAGAUUGUUCUGUGUGUUCCUGAGGUUUUCUUUGCAAUCUCAUUCCUGCCUGCCCUUUUUCUUGGCUCAACAUUCAGUUUUGGUCAAUCCCUUCACCUUUAACCCAUAUCUCCAAUUUCCAUGAUGUAGUUUGAGGCUCAUGAAUACUAGAUUCCUGAAGUUUUCAUCAUUUUUUACUUUUGCAUGCACAUCUGGGCUUUAGGAAGUAAUCAGUCAUAUCUCACUUUAUUCCAUAUUCACUGUUUAUUUGAUUUUUUCUUUCAGUUUUACACUAUCUCUUUGCUACUUAUAUUCAUAAGUCUAGUUUUGAUCUAUCAUUUUUUAUUGUUGAAGAGAACCUCAGUAAAAGAAGCAAGGGAGGAAAGUAUAAAAGGAGGAAGAGAUGUAGAAAGAGAGAGGGAAAAAAAUAUCAAACUAACUGACUGGUAAGCCUCCUUAUUCAUAGGAGACUAAGCAAAUCCAUUCAACUUGGACAUAGAGUUCCAGUGCAGAAUCUGUCUACUUUCUAUUCUUUCUCUGUAGGCUGCCUAUUUCUAUUCUGUUCCUAUUUUCUGACUUUGGAGUGGUGGUAAAAUCACCAGUUACUAUGGUCCAUGAAAAGACCUUUACUAGUUAGAGCUUGACUUACCAUCUUUUAAAAACAGAAGGAACUGAGAAUUGACUUACAACCUACCUGGUUAAUCACCUUUCUGCCCUGCCUCUAUUCAUCCCAUGUUCCCAAAGGGCAUUUUUUUUCUAUUUAGAACAGAUUAUUUAAAAUUUGAAUUCCAUGUUUAUUUGAGGAGCUAAGGUGGUCCUUUGGAUUUAUUUAUGAGAGAAUAGUAAUUAGAAAUGAUUUCUAGCCAGUUUGUGCUAGUGCGACCAUAUUAGUGUUUAACUGAAGUCUAUUUUAAUUGAUUGUUGCCCAAGCAAUAACAGUUGUUAAUAUUUUCAAAAUUGCCAUGCAACAAUUCAAAUACUUUAGGAACUACAGAGCUUGCCGUUCCUAUUGUACGUUUGCUGGGAACAUGCACAGAGACAAAGCAGCGUGUGUGCCUGAUGCAGAAGGCCCCCACAACAGUGGAAGGGUACACGAUACCAUGGCUUCGUGUGGUUAGACUAGGAAGCAAUUUUAAGUGGGGCUCUCUGUACCAGACCUUCCUUUUUGUGCCUUGUUUUCUUUAGCAAGAAAGGGGGACUGAGACUUCUGUAUCUAAAGAUAGGCUAAACUCAGGACACUUGUCAAGGAGCUGGGAAGAAAGAACAAAAACAAAAGAAUAUAAACAGCAUUUUAUAGCACCAUCAGCCAGGAGCAUGUGUGUCAUGGCAGGAGUUAGUGCUUUGGGUUGAAAUGAGGGAGAGGUUGCAUUGACCUCUGUGGGUUGGGGAAAAUACAAAGGAACAUAAUGCUUGGUGGGUUUGGAGGGAUUUCAAUAGGCAAUAAGUGAUUGGAGAAAUGUGGAGCAUGAGGGUUUUCCAGGGAGAGGGGGUUUAAUGGACCAUAGCUCAUUGGUAAGAAUGUGAUUUCAAGACAUAGACCAUUUUGUCUAUGGGGUUGAGGUCACAUAGGAGAGCUGAGGAGAACUAAGAUGAGACUUCCUGGAAGAGGCUAGAAAGUAAAUAGUUUUAAGGGCCAAGCUAAAAGUUUGAGACUUGAUUUUAAAAGUCAUGGAAAGCCACUAAAAGUUUUAAACAGAAUGAUGAAUACCAAUGCCUGUGCAUUUGUCAGGUUGAAAGUUUUGCAAUGUCAGUUUCUCCUGGAAGUCAUUGUGAGAGUGUGCACAAGGUUGAAUGUUUUCUCAGUAGCAAUGCGUUCUCAGGGAUGCACACUCCAAAUCAACACUCAGUGUUCUGAAGCUCCUGUCUUCCUCCAAUAUGUGCUAGGGAUCGUGAUAACUGUAGCAGCUUAGUUGGAGUUGUAGAGGCUGGUGUGUGGGCUGGGAGUUGGGACAGUGACUAUAAUUCUGAAGGUUCUUUGUGAAGGGAACACUGAAUGUGGACCUCAAGGGAAGAAACAUGUGGAGGGAUAGAAAAGAAGACAGGAAGGGGAGCCAGCAAGUACAGGCAGCUAAGAAAUAUUUUGGAUUCACCCAGAGUACAAGAAGCUGAGAGCUAUGAGUAAGAGAAUGCCUCACAGGAACAAGGAGUAAGAAAAGUAGUGUGGAUGAGAGGGUUACCGCAGACCAUGUGGAUUUGCAAACCAGGCCCACAGAAGUACUUGUAAAGUGGGGGGCGUGUCUGAAUUCUCCAAGGGAGGAAGUACAGGCAUGAAAAAUCAGCUGUCAGAAGACUAUUAGGGGGCUAUAUUCAUAUUUUUAGGAGCUAAAAGGAGUAGGAUAAGUAGACACUCCUGGCAUAGAGGACCUAGGGUACUCCAGAAUCAGGAAAAUGGGAAACAUGAGAGGGACACUUUAAGAUAGAAAGGGUAGCUUACCUAUGAGGUUGGAGCUGAAGGGUAUUAGAGAUCAUGACUCAGAAGUAAAAAGACUCACUUGAUUAGAGCAGGAAAUGUGUCUAUGUGUCAAGAGGCCUGGCUCGGCGUGGGCAGUUGUCAGCCAGCGUGUGUUGCUUUGGAUGCCAUGGGCAGUGGAGGUUGGAGAGCUCUCCUAGGUCCCUGGCUUUCUUCCUGGGGAAGGAUUCAGAAGAGAGGGCCUCUUCUUUCACUUCCCUGUGCAUGUCACUGUGUUGUUUCUCACCCCCCAACUUAGGCACACACACCUGAGCUUUGGUUUCAGGCUUUUUAAAUGCUAUGGUCAUUUUGCUUUGGUGGCUUUUCUUGACAGGCAGCAUGAGGAGAGGGUCUUUUUUGGCCUGGUGAAAGCUGAGCUUAAUUUCUAGGUAGGCUUUAAAUUUAAAAAAGUUUCAUUUGGCCUGUUUAUCCCCUUGAGAAUUUCUGUGUUUCUUCUCCUCCACAUUGCUCUUCAGCACAACAGGGACAAAGUGACACCGAAGCUGUCCAAUGUACCCGUGUUGGGAAGCAGUGCUGGGCCCCUUGCUCAGAAUCUCAGAGAUGUAGAUAUGGCACCGACACAUGCCUGCCAGAGCAAACCAGAGUUUUCCUCACGUGGGAUUCAGGACCCAUUUGAGAAGGCAGCCAGCAGGGUGGCUAGACACCUACUUCCACACUGCCCACCCCAGACAGGCCUGCUCCCUUUCCCUUCCUGCCCCUGAGCACAGCCUGAGACAUGUUUGACCAGAAAUGAAUCACUUCAAACGUAAAUCAAGAUCGGCCUGAAAUCCUAAUUUAAAAUGUUCCAUUCCUAGGUGGCACAAUCACUUCCUGCCUAAAACUUCUGGCCCACUUCCCACCAUGCAGAGGCUGUAAAGAAAUUUCCCCCCACUUAACACCAACACCUGCACUCCACAUUUCUUCAGGGGACAAAGAAAAAAUACGCUUACACAGAGGUCAGCCUACAUGUUCAUUAAGGAAGAAGAGUGUGGCUUAUUCAUCUGUGUUUUCAACUUUUGAUUGUUGGCAUUAUGAUUACAAUUAUGAAUUAGUGACUGUGACUGGACAGGAAUUGGAAAGAACACAUGCUGGUGCUCUGAAAUGAUCUACCCAACUCCAUCAUCUGUAACAACCAGUGAUAACUCUCUUGUCUUGUAAAAAGGGUUUGUACAUAACUUGUACAUGGUUUCAUUUUGUAUUUUU